GAGCGACGCUUGCAGCUGAUGUACCGCUGGCUCAAAAAUGGAGAGCGACACCACUGUCCGGAGAAUAAAACCCUUCGGGACACAGAAUUAUGUAGCGCAAGAUAACGACGCUUCGCGGGACCGUUGUGGGAAUAAUGGCUACAACGGUGACCCAAAGAGGAAACCCGAAGUGAACAUAUACUUGCUGCGGGAAGGGCUGGCAGCUUCUCUGGUCUCUGUGUUUAUUUUGGUGCUGUGGGGACUCGUUCAUUUGUCGUUACAGCAGCUCGUCAUUGGGAAACCGACCGGCGACUUCAACGCAGUGAGAGCCAGGCGGCAUUUGGAGCAGGUCACCAGUGUCGGCCCUCGUCCAGUGGGCAGUCCGGAGAAUGAGGUCCUGACGGUGAACUACCUGUUAAAGCAGAUUGACAACAUCCGCAUGGAAACGUCAGCGGGCCCCCAUCAGCUCACGGUAGAUGUGCAGCGUCCCACGGGCUCUUUCUCCAUCGACUUCCUCGGAGGCUUCACCAGCUUCUACGACCAUGUCACCAACAUUGCUGUCAGACUGGAGCCCAAGGGUGGGACACAACAUCUCAUGCUAGCUAACUGCCACUUUGACACUGUAGCCAACAGUCCAGGUGCCAGUGAUGAUGCAGUGAGCUGUGCAGUGAUGCUGGAAGUCCUCCAUGCUCUGGCUAACCAGUCUACUCCUCUUCAUCAUGGAGUUAUCUUCCUCUUUAAUGGGGCAGAGGAAAAUAUUCUGCAGGCCAGUCAUGGUUUUAUCACCCAGCAUCCCUGGGCCAAGCAGGUGCGAGCUUUUAUUAACUUGGAGGCAGCAGGUGUCGGGGGCAAGGAGGUUGUUUUCCAGACAGGUCCAGAGAACCCGUGGCUGGUCCAGGCCUAUGUACAUGCAGCUAAACAUCCCUUUGCCUCGGUGGUUGGUCAGGAGGUCUUUCAAAGUGGCAUCAUCCCCUCUGACACUGACUUCCGCAUCUACAGGGACUUUGGUAACAUUCCAGGGAUUGAUCUGGCUUUCAUUGAGAAUGGUUUCAUCUACCAUACCAAGUACGACACCGCUGACAGGAUCCUGACAGACUCAAUACAGAGAGCUGGUGACAACAUCCUGGCAGUCCUGAGGUACCUGGUGACGUCAGAGAAGUUGGCAGACUCCUCAGAGUAUCGUCAUGGCAACAUGGUGUUUUUCGACCUGUUAGGGGUAGUAGUUGUGGCUUACCCAGCACGUGUUGGCACAAUCCUCAACUACAUGGUAGCCACAGCCACCUUCCUUUAUCUGGCCAAGAAAGCCUCGCUGCCAGGCAAUGGGGGUGGCCGCUAUGUCCGAGACCUGGCUUGUGCCACAGGUGUAGCAGUCCUGAGCUGGUUUGUCACCCUGCUCUCAGUCCUGAUUGUCGCUCUACUCAUCACACUGCUGGGUCGCUCCAUGUUUUGGUACACCCACUUCUACGCAUCCAUCUGCCUGUAUGGGUCUGCUGCCACAGGCAAAAUGAUCCUUGUCCACACGCUGGCAAAGAACUUGUACUUCGGAGGGGUGCGUUUGGUAGAGCUGGGCGAUCUCUUCUUUGAUGUGAGCAUACUUCUGUGGUGCUGCAGCCUGGUGUGGCUCACCCAGCAGGGCCUGUGCUCAGCCUAUGUGCCCAUGCUAAUGGUGGCCUUCCCUCUGGCCACCAGACUACUGCUGGCCAAAGAAUUCAAACAUAAAGGAGCAUCAGUGAAGUACAGUGUGCUCUAUCUGUUGGGCCUGGCUCUGCCAUAUGUCCACUUCAUGUUCCUUAUUUGGGUGGUGUUUGAGAUUUUCACACCUAUCAUGGGUCGUAGCGGGACAGAGAUACCUCCUGAGGUGGUGCUGGCCACUUUGGUGACGCUGGCAACCAUCUUUCUCUCCUCUUUUUUUCUGCAUUUCAUCUACUUGGUCCGGAGCACUAAGUGGAUCCUGGCUGGUCUGGGCUCAGUAUUUAUCAUCAUGUUUCUCUUGGUGUCCUGUGGCCUCCUUUUUCCUUACUCAGGCAAUCCAGACAGCCCCCGGCCGAAGCGAGUCUUCCUACAGCAUACAACACGGACCUUCCACAGUCUCCAGGGCCAGGUGGAGAGCCAGGACUCAGGUGUGUGGAUCAACAGUUUUGACUACACGGCCAUACAGCACAUCUCCCCCCACAUCCCCGAGAUCAACGACAGCAUUCGCACCCACUGCAGAGAGGACCGACCUUUCUGUGGCUACCCCUGGUUCCUGCCUGUGAAGUUCUUAAGCAAGAAAAACUGGUACCUUCCUGCACCUGAAGUGUCUCCCAGCUCUCCUGUGGAGUUCAGCCUGCUGUCCAGAGAAGAGACCAGCUGGGGGACGGUCAAGAUGACGUUCAGUGCAAAAGGCCCCAGCCACAUGUCUCUGUACCUAAUGCCUCACAGAGGCGCCAGCCUUUCCACCUGGUCCUUCGGGGACGGGACACCUCAGUUCGACCUGAGUGGAGAAUAUUUUGUCUUCUAUUCUCAUGGCCUUGACGCGCCAACGUGGACUUUCUGGUUUGAAAUACAGCCUCCCAGGGACCCCGACCCGUCAGGUCCAGAGGGGAUGAUCUCCGUCGCCAUUUCCUCCCACUAUUUCUUCGGACAAGAUCAGAGGACUGCUCAACUGGAGGAAAUCCUCCGCAGGUUUCCCUCGUGGACUUUCCCUUCGUCUUGGGUCAGUACCUACGACAUGUACCGAUACUGAGGACGUCACGGAGGGCGACGAUGACAAGAAACGCAGAGGGGCUGCAGGGGCCCCCCGGGGAGGACGGAUUACGAGGAGGACAAACCCUGCUGCCUUUUCACUCUGACACAAAACACACUCUCUCUCACACUCACACCCCCUCCCAGCCUGCCUGAGAGACCCCCAUCACUGUGUCAGUAGGCUUAGUAGCUAACAAAGCAGGAAGGACAUGCCAGAGGUAAGCUGAUCACAUGGCGUACGGACUGUAAAAGUCACCGUCCAACGCUCCCGGCGCCACAAGCCUCGUGCUCACUCCUGGUUAGUGAAAAGAAGGGGUUAUGUUUUUUUUUUUUUUUUUUUUUUUUUUUUUUAAACUUACUCUGCUGUGCCUUUGCUUUUCUCACUCCAUCUCACUUCCUCCUGUUCUUGCUCUCACGCUAGCACUCUUCCUGAGGUCGCAUGGCUACCUCUCAUGCUCACUCUGAUUCAGCAGAGUCAUUCUAAAGAACCCAUGUGUCCCUAUCUGUAUCUAUGUACCCACUGUGGAAGGGAGAAAAAGAUCCUGCUUUAUGUUUUACCUUUUCUGGCUUUAACUGGAAACUUUCCCACUUUUUUAGUUGCUUUUCAUACACACCUAAUUGUUUAUGUCACAAGCAAAUGUUUUUUUUUGUAAUAACUACUCAACUAACUGUGAAAUAGAGUCAUCAUUCCUUAUUGCAGUUGCUUAUUUGCAGUGAGUCAUACCCCUGUAUUUCAGUGAAGAAUGCCAACAAUCUGCUUUAAAUGUCAGGGAAUCUGGCACACAGCUGCAGAGAUCUGUGCCUGUUAAUCGGAAGCAGACACAAUCAAAAUGUCAUUGUGUCCUUUUGAAAAAGAGGAGCGUCCCUGAGGGGGGUAUUGCGGUCUUUUCUGAGGUUUAAAUGUGUUAAAGGAAAUAUGUAGUUUUGAUUUGAACUUGAUGAGCAUGAGACCAAAACCCACAGGGAAAUGGAGCUGUUACAGUUAAAUAGAGUCCUGGGUGGAAAACCAGCAGUGCUGCUCCAUGUUCAUUAACAGCAUCAUUGUCGGUCAGGCAUGUUCUGUCUCACAGGAGUAUCCAUCAUAACAUUUACCGUUACUGCAGUAGUAUUUGCACUCGUUCUCAGCGCUGGCUUCUGGUUAGUACUACAGGUUAUCUCCAGCAGCACCGAGGACUAGAGAAGGGUCUGGCUGCAGACCAUACAUCUCUGAUGGCCACUCUCAUAGACCAAUCAUCUGAGUUGCCGUAUAUCACAGAAAGGAAGUCCCAUAAUUAACAGGUAUGACGUAUUUCCAAUUUUACAUUUGAAAAAAAAAACUUUAUUCAGAAACAAAGUCUGCAAGUUACAUUCAUAAAAUAACCCCAUUGCAAACAUUACAGACUAAACAACAGUUCAUUAAUAAAACAGAGAAAAGAUCAGUGUUCUAAUCCAGGAUUAAAUAAUGCAUAGACCCAUUUCAGAAAUAGUUAGAAAAACGGUGGCUUGCUUUAGCUUAGUAAGCUUUAGUUGAAGCUAACAUAGCUACACUAAGUACGUAAUUAACCUUACUACAUAAGCUAAUGUAGCUAAGUUAGCUUUAGCAAACAUAGCUAAAGCUAACAUAGCUACAAAGAUAACAUAUCUAUGUAGCUUACAUAGCUACUUUGUGAAGCUUAGCUUCAAAUCAGGCUUUGACUUUUGGAGGUUCAGUCUGGUUUUAUUGAAACUAAACAAAUCUGUUCUGAGAUAUACAUUAUCUCAGAACACAUUAUUAUACAUACAUAUACAGACGAACAGUCUAAGAGAAAGGCUCUCAGAAAUGAAUGAACUGCAGCCAGACUGUCUUGGAGGACUAUGCCUCUGUAAUGCAAGAAGGACAAAAGGCAAGGCUCAAUUCAUUGGUAAACAAGUUGAUCAAAGUAUAUUGGAGCUGCUGCAGACAACUGCUAGUGUUAACCGUCAUCUACUCACAUCCAGUUUUGUACUGUACGUGUAUUUCACUUGUCUCAUGUGGAGCUAAAUCUUUGUUGUUGUGAGUACCACAGCCAUAAUCCAGUUAAUACGACCUGUUUUACUAAUCUACUUCACCUGACAAAAUUAAUUGUCAGGGACACUAGAAGUCGUUUUCCUACAGAAGCUCUAACUGGAAACGUGUCUAUACUUUUUACUUUUCUCCGUCUGCCAGUGAUAAUGAGUACAUUUCUGCUAAGUCCUGAGAAAUCCUUCACUGUUAUCCAGAGAUAAAAUGUUUUGAGAUAUGUUGAGAGAUCAAUCGAAAUGUACUUGUUAGAACUAAAAAAGGAGUGAUAUAAAAUGUGGUUGAUGGCCACUAAGGGAUUCUGUAUAUUUGAUCAUUGCAGAUGCAGUAGCUAUUAUGGAAGCCCAUAUCUGUAGCUAAAAAGGAGAAAAAAUCAAUAAAUUUAGGCAAUUCUAAGAAAAAAAGAAAUUUAAAAUGAGCUAAAAAAAUUUGUUAAAAAAAAUCUUACUGAUGAGAAAAAAGGAC